UUGCGCAACACGAUGACACACAAUUCAUCUACACAGACAGACCCGUGAGAAGUUUGUUUUUAUUCAGAGUCAAAACAUGUUUAUAUUGCAGCUAGCUUCGUCUCUGAUCGUUUCGCUAAUUCUUCCUGCUGCGGACUUGGCGGACUGCCCCAAGCCAAGUCACAUUCCGGAAAACGCAUUCAUCGUGAAUGAAAAAGAGCGUUACAUGUCUGGCGAGCGCGUGACGUUCAAGUGUAAGCCUGGGUAUAACCAAGAAGGACUGGCGACCACUAUGUGCUUUCUUGGAGAGUGGAAUAUUAUGCCGUUUAGAUGUUUGAAGGGAGGGUGCGGCUACCUCGACACCCCGGUGAAUGGCUACAAGGCCGGCUUGUCUUAUCGUGUCGGUAACCGUGUCUUCUUUAUGUGUAAAUACGGCUUUAAGCUCAUUGGCUCACCCGUUCGGAAGUGCGGCAAAGAUAACAAGUGGACUGGUACUCAGCCGCGCUGUGAGAUUGUGGAUUGCGGACCGCUCAGAGCGCCGAUGAAUGGCCACGUCAUUGGUAACGAGACCACAUUCCACAAGAUUGUUCGCUUUUCUUGUAAUCCGGGCUACAAGAUGCACGGCUACCCUGAUGCGAUAUGUCAGGCGAAUGGAGAGUGGAGUAAUACGGUUACUUGUUUGUUGCCUCUGCCGGUUAAAGAAUGAGCCUCCUAUUGCAUGCUGGGUAAAAGCUAUGCGCUUUUUUUUGGGGGGGGGGGGGGGUAAGGGGUGUUUAGACCCCCUUCUUGGGCUGCUAAUACAUGCUUUGAGACUGCUUUUGAAGAUAGGAAUUUAUGUUGUCUGUGGAAGUCAGAAGGGCAAAUGUAACACAAGAACUUUUCUUUUCACGCUAGCUUGACUCUUUCGAACCAAUUGCAAAAUCUUCAAAAUAGAGCUUUGCUAAGCAUUCUUUCUUUGAAUACUAAAUGCGGGAACCAACAGGUUUGAUAAUUCCUAAAGUAAAUAAAAGUACAAAAUGUUAUUAAUGUACAAAAAAGAAUAUAGGUAAAAAAUAAUCAAGUAGCAUGUGUGUAUAUAUUUUACUGACACGCCCUGUAAGGGCAAGACGGUGCUAAAUAAACUAUUAUUACUAUUUUA